AUGACUGACUCCAAGAAUCGCCCAAAGUUUGAAGAAGGAACCGAAGUAGAUAAAUACAGGAUCAUUAAACACAUAGGAAGUGGCGGUUUUGGUGAUAUUUAUACCGUUGUUGACACAACAGCCAGUGAUAACAAACAUUAUGCAAUGAAAGUUGAAUAUUUAGAAGCAGAAAAGCAAGGCUUGGUCGAUGAGAUCGCAUUUUUAGAACAGUUACAAGAUUCAUCGUAUUUUCCCAAAUUAUUAGAUAAAGGACAAAAUGAUAAGUGUCGGUAUUUUGUAAUGGAUUUGUUUGGCCCAUCUGUAUCAAAUAUGAGGCGUGCUUGUGAAGGUCGUCAUUACUCUAACUACUCUAUGCUACGUUUAUCAUUAGAAAUGGCAAAAUGCAUUGAAGAAUUUCACAGGCAUGGAUUUGUACAUCGCGACAUCAAGCCAGCAAACUUUUUAAUCAGAGCCAAUAGAGAACGUCCUGUUUGUUUGAUUGACUUUGGUCUAUCAAAAUCUUACAUUAACCAAUUAACCGGAGAACAUAUUCCAUUUAGCCGUGAUGCUGGAUUUACAGGAACUUGCCGUUAUGCCUCAAUUAACGCACACGACAGUUUUGAACUCUCAAGACGUGAUGAUAUGCUCUCCUGGUUUUAUUCCGUCAUUGAACUGGCUGAAGGAAGAGUUCCAUGGCCAGGCAGCAAAGAUCGCGAGGCUACAGAACAGCUAAAGAGACGUACAAGAGCGGCAGAUUUAUGCAGCGGCUUACCGGAAGAAUUUAUCGAUAUUUAUCGUAGACUCAGAGCACUAGAUUUCGAAGAAGUACCACAAUACUCUCAUAUAUAUUUCCUCAUACAAAAGGCAAUUGACAGAUUAUGCACUCCACCGUUUCUUUUCGAUUGGGAAAGCUUUACACCAGAGCAGGUUGCCCACAUAUCUGAAAUACCAUUAGAUAUGCCACCUCCUCGUACAGAUUCAAUGGCAAGGCUUGAUCGUAAUAAUAAUGAAGUCAGUACCCCAGAAAAGCCGAAAGCUGACAAUCAAAAGAAUGAAGAUCUCAACCAACCAGAUGUUGCAGAAGGUGGUUGCCAUGCUUGCAGAAUUUAA